CAAAACUGCAGAGGCUCCAGUUGUUGUUAGACAUUUCGUCCAGCACUUGCCUCAGUUAAAGAUCCAGCUCGACUUUGAUCAGCCACUAUGAUGCGUUACUGGGGUGAGAUCCCUGGACCUGCAGGGGCUCCUCCCAGUCGCAGCUCAUUUGACUUGCUCCAACGUGAGUUUCGCUCUGUGGAGAUGCAGGACCCUCCGCUGCACCAGCCCUCGGCCCAGCGUCCGCGGCCCACCACGAUGCUGGACAUCCCCUCAGAGCCGUGCAGCCUCACCAUCCACACGGUGCAGCUGUGCCAGCAUGCCCGUCGCCUUCGAGGGCUUUUGGCAGCGGCCCAGGCCCAGGCUCAGGGUCAGAGCUCAGCGUCCUCUGAGGGUGGCAGCAGGCUGGAGGAGGCUGAUACCAACCUGCCCCUUCGUCCUCCCACCCCACCUGUCAUGCCAGAUGAUCUGCUUCCCGUGGACAGCAAAGCUCCCAGGCAGCCCUUUCAGCUCCGCCACAGUGACCCUGAAAGUGACUUCUAUAAGGGUAAAGGGGAACCUGUCACAGAGCUGAGUUGGCCCUCCUGCCGGCAGCUCCUUUAUCAGUCAGUCGCCACCGUCCUGGCCCAUGCCGGCUUCGAGUCUGCUCAGGAGAGUGUGCUGGAGACCCUGACUGACCUGGUCCAUGAGCAUUACCUGCGUCUCACCCGCCUGCUGCGGGUGGCGGUGGACCGGGAGGCUCGGCUGGGAGCCAGUCCCUUCCCAGAUGUGGUGGAGCAAGUGUUCCAUGAGGUGGGCAUCGGCAGCGUACUUGCCCUGCAACGCUUUUGGCAAGUGAGGAUCAAAGACUACCACAGCUACAUGUUGCAGGUCAGUAAGGAUCUGUCGGAGGAAUAUGAGCGACUGGUGAAUCCAGAGAAAGCGCUGGAGGACUCCAAGCCCCCGAGGAUCAAGGAGGAGCCCAUGAGUGACAUCUCCUUCCCUGUUAGCGAGGAGCCGGAGGCCGACCUGGCCUCUGGCGACCAGGCUUUGCCUAUGGGGGUCCUCGGGGCCCAUGCUGAGAGGCUGGCUUCAGGACUGGAUGGUGACCAUUCUCCUCAUGCCUCAGGAGGAGGCGGCGCCAACAACUCCCCUCUGUGGCCUCAGGUGAAAAUGGAACCCCAGGAUGGCGACGAGGGCCAGGGAGCCGGCCACCACCACCACCAUCACCACCACCACCACGGCGUCCUGGGCGGAGACGUGUUCGAGGAAGGGGGGCCCAUGUCCACCAUGAGCGAGUCCGGAGGAGCCAUGGCGCCCUCACCGGGAGGGGCGGCGUCUGAAGCCAGCUACGCCUCACAUUCACCCGACUCCCUGAUGGGGACCUCGCCCGUCUUCAACCAGAGACCCAAGAAAAGGGCAAAGAAGAUGUGACGCUGCGUUUGUGGACGCAAGAAGCUCGGAGGAACUGACUCUGAACCCAGCAGCAGGUCUUCCACAUUAGUUAUCAUUUAAUUAAAAAAACACACAAGGUUCUGAGCUUGUGGUAAAACAGCUGUAAAGUGUUAACUGACAUUCAACGCUAAUGUCAUGAGAGAACUGAACUGAAGGGGGGGAGGGAGGUAUUUUGUAGUUUUUCAUGUUGUGUAUGUUUGUUUCUAUGAGUAUAGUUUCUCUUAAAUAUCUGUUAUUUGCUACUAAAUAUAUUAUAGGCGUCAAGAGAAUAAACAUCUUCUGAAGCACCA